AUGAAUGAAAUGAAAGCUACUAUGUUGAAUACUUCUGAGUAUGAAACUAUGACAUGGUUUAUUCACAUGCUAAAGGACAGGAUUGAUUUUAGUUACUUGGCAGAUUCUGUGAGCUCUGUACUUCAACCUCCUCUGUUAUUAUCAGUAUUUUUUCUUCUUAUAUAUUAUGUAUAUUCAAGCAUUUUUUUACUUUGCUACAUUUCCACAUUUUAUUUUUAUAUUUGGAAGAAAAAAUAUACCAGAGAUGGAGACAUUUUGUGGAACAAACCAAGGCAAAGGUUGGCAAAAUGUUUGGAUUUUUAUGGAAAGAUAUGGUACGGUUAUGAGAUCAUUGGCAUGGAGCAUCUACCUGAAGGACCAGGGAUGAUUGUUUAUUACCAUGGAGCUAUUACUGUAGACUAUAUCUUAUUUAUAGCUAGUCUUUAUUUAAAAACUGGGAGACUAGUCCGUUCUGUAAUUCAUUAUGGCUUGUUUUUAGUACCAGGUAUAAAGCUGAAUUUUGAUGUUGUGGGUUGCAUAAAAGGCAAAAAAGCAGAAUGUGUUCAAAUGCUCAAGAAAGGCUAUUUAUUAGGAAUUUCACCUGGUGGAUUGAGAGAAGCAAAUUUUAGUGAUGAAUAUUACAAUAUGGUCUGGAGUGCUGGUACUGGUUUUGCUCAAGUGGCUUUAGAAACACAAGUGCCAAUCAUCCCUAUGUUUACACAAAAUCUCCGUGAAGCUUAUAGAACAGUUGGAAAGACAAGGCUAUUGAGAUGGCUGUAUGAACAUUUUCGAUUGCUUGUCCUUCCCAUAUAUGGAGGGUUUCCAGUCAAACUCCGCACCUAUAUUGGAGAACCCAUCCCAUAUGACCCAGAUAUAACUGCUAAGGAGCUGGCUGAAAAAACAAAGAUUGCCAUUGAAAAUCUUCGAGACAAAUACCAGAAAAGACCUGGAAAUAUAUUAAGAGCUUUAUUGGAGCGAUUUGAUAAAAAAGAUAAAGAUGCCUAG